AGUUUCCCCGCGCGCUGCCCGCCUGCUGUCGCUCGCCGGGGCAGGAAGCGGAGGAGGCUCCGGCUCGGCGGGGCGCGGAACGUUGCUCGUUCGGGUGUGCGCGGGAGGUGGCGCGGAUCGGUCUCCCCUGAGAAGGCAGGCGAGAAGCCCUCUUCACCCCACUUCCCGCCGGUGGGAGAGGGAGAGCUUUGGGGCUGCUCGGGCGGUGUGAGGGGAGCGGGGCCUCUGUGGUGCCUGCAGGUUGUAGCUCUGGAGGUCGGUCCCUGGGGACCUUAGUGAGCUCCUUCACUGCCCUCUCUCUGCUCCCUCAGUCUCCGUGAGAGUUUCGCAGCCCGGAGGUAAGGAGCUCACUUCCGAAGGUCAGUGUAGAGCACAGGGUGUCCUCGUUACUAAAACCAUCUGAGAGGCAACUUUUCCCUUAAAAAAGAGCGGUUUCUGAAGCCUUGGGAACGCAGCCGUGGUGAGACCGGGUCAUCCUAAACCCGGUUGUGCUGAUGUGCUAAAAUCUCUGGAAUUGGCUUUGGUUAAGGAGCCGGAGAAGGAGAAUCCUCUUCCAGACAGCAUUUCUAAGUGGGAGGGAAGAAAAGUUUAUCUGUGGCAAUGAUAGAUCCUUUAGAGAACAACUUGUUUGAUCUUCCUGAUUAUGAGAAUACAGAAGAUGAAACGUUCCCACCUCUUCCACCUCCUGCCUCUCCAGGAAGAGAUGAUGCUGAAUGGGCUCAAGCUAAUGGAGAACCAGAUGGAAACCAGCAGUCACAAGCAAAGGAUUCUGCUGUAGCUGCACAGAAAGCAGUCAAAAGACCAAUGCCUAAACUAGAUGCCCACAGGUUAAUUUCAGAAAGAGGACUUCCAGCCCUAAGACACAUGUUUGACAACGUAAAGUUCAAGGGUAAGGGGCACGAGGCAGAAGACCUGAAGACCCUCAUACAACAUAUGGAACAUUGGGCUCAUAGACUAUUUCCAAAAUUGCAAUUUGAGGAUUUUAUUGACAGAGUAGAGUCUUUGGGAAACAAAAAGGAAGUUCAGACCUGCCUAAAGCGGAUUAGACUUGAUCUUCCUAUUUUACAUGAAGACUUCGCAAGUAAUGAAGGUGGUGGAGGGGAAAGCAAUGGACUGGACACAGCGGCUGAAGAUGAACGUUCCUGCUCUGGAAAUGCAGAACAACUCAAUUCUCCGUUGGGCACAAUUCUCACAGAAGAGCAACAACAGCGAAUGAAGAAGAACAGGCAGCUGGCCUUGGAACGCAGGCAAGCGAAGAUGGAGUGUAACAGCCAGUCACAACACAAUGAGCUCUCCGCUCAUUAUUCGGAGGAGAAGUUUAAUACCCCAGUUGCUCAGGAUCCUGCUGACCUUAUCGAAGAUGCUCAGGUUACCCUAACCAAGGCUGCUCUUAGAGAAGAUGGAGAUACAGAAUUGGAAUCUGCCAGUGAAAAGCAGUAGCCGUUCCCUAUGCUCUGAAUGACUUUCUGACCAGAAACACUCCAAUGUUUUAAGUACUGUUGUUACAUUGAAAUGUUGCUGGCUCUUUGUGCUCUGACUCCAGAAGCCUCAUGCUCACUGUGACAUCUGUAUGGUUGGACAGAGCUCUUCUCUUGAAACUGCAGAUGAGCAACUCUGUACACGGGAAAACAGAACAAAGUUCUUCAUCUGCAUUUGAGACAUCUUUUCCACCUCCUCCAACAUUCCUGAGGACAUGUUAAUGAGUUUUGCAACUUACUUGGAAUUUUGUUUACAAUUGAUGUCACACUGAAUUCACUGGGAUAUUGGCAGGUGAAGUUUCUAUUAAAGCUGCUGUUUGGUUUUUUCUAAUACAGGGUAUAUAAAAUAACGCAUAGUGCUAUGUCUGAACAGCUGUCUUGGAUUUUUUUAACUUGCUUAUCAAGUACCUGUAUCUUGUUCUUAUAAAAUGGAAGCUAUUAAAUUUCAGAAGUCAAACCUGAACUUCUUGUACGAGGUGCUACAACUACAGGCCCUGCAACCUUCCUGGUGCUGGUCAGACAUCUCUUCACAGACAAGUAACUCCCCUUAGGGGAACAUGCUUUGUCAGUUCUCUUCCUUCGGCUCAUGCUGUUCUCUCUCCAGAAGCUCCAUUUCAUCCUCCCCUUACAGUCUCGUUUUUCCUUCUUGUACAACAGCUUUUCCCUUUUGUGGAAUGAACAAGCAUCACCGUAAUGGUAAAGCACACGGUAGGCUGCUGUUCAUAAAGGAAACUGAAUUUCUAGAAACUGAAUUAAGAGAAGAGCAGCACUUACAGCAGAUGAAGUAAGUUCAUGUCAACAGGUGUUACUUUAUACCUAGGGGACUUCAAUAAACAAAAUUGUGUAUUCUAGAUUAGUGUGAAGGAGUUUGCUUUUUUUAUCUUUGUAGCUAUGGGUGUAGUAGAAGACAGCCAACAGCUGUAGGAAAUACUGAGGUUUUAAGAAAUUUAUGGACAAGGGAAAGUAACUUUUUGAAUGACAGUUAAAAGAAUUCACCAUGCUGUCUUUAGUCUGGAAGAUAAGAUUUAUCAUGUAUAAAAUCUUUUAAAAACUCAUACAUGUUCAUAAUCAUAAAAAUAAUUCUUUUUUUUAAAAUAGACAUUUAGUUUUUUAAUAAAAGGACUCUUGAACAUUUAAAUAGACUUUUUUUUAAAAACACACCCCAAUGUAAUGAUACAAAGUGAACAGGAGCAGAAUGUCAGCCAGCAGACGUUGCUAGUUGUAGUUCAAGUUCUAAUGUCAGCUGAAACAUCUAACAGUGCCAAAUCCCUGAUCUCCUCCAGCAGCUGGUACAAACUCGCUCCCUUGGUCUGGCAGUACUCCUGAUAGUCUUCAUCAAUUACAUCAACUCUUGCUUUUUCUUGGGCACGCUGGGCUGCUUCUGCAGACUGACUGACUUGUUUUACUAAGUCGGAUUUCACCACGUGAAAAUUCUUCUGGGAAACCUCCGUGUCUGAAGUCUGGUACGGUGCAUUCCUGGUUAUUUCAAGCUUGAUGGUGUCGGCAUGGCAGCGGGAAGUCUGCACGAGGAUUUUCACCUUAAAAGCGAUAUAAAAGUUACUUAAUUUCUGAUGGUGCUAUUUCCUUUUACUUCCUUCAGAUUAAAUACUCACUGUAAUAUGAUCGAAAA